AUGGCAAACACACCAAGGGAAUGGCACAUUGCAAUUUGGCGUGCAAAGGAGUUCUUGUACAUCGGGGCUGGGUGGGAACAUUUCGUUGAUGAUUUACAUCUUCGAGAAGGAGAUGUAUUGUAUUUCUAUUAUGCUGGGCUCGGUGUCUUUCAUGUCAGGGUUUACAAUACCGACAUGGUGGAGAGGUUCUUUGAAGAGCCCGCCGAACCUGUUGACGUGGAGGAGGCUGCUAUAGGGGAGGAGGUUGUUAACGUGGAGGAGGAUGCUAUAGGGGUGGAGGUUGUUGAUGUGGAGGUGGCUCCAAUAGAGGUGGUUGUUGACGUGGAGAAUGUUACGGAAGAGGCUGCUAUAGGGGAGGCUUCUGUAGAAGAGGUUGUUCACGUGGAGGACCGGGAGGAGGCUGUCGUAAAAUAUGCUACACGGGGCUGA